AUGUUGCAAGGAGGUGACUUUACAAACCAUAAUGGCACUGGUGGCAAAUCUAUCUUUGGUGAGAAGUUUGCCGAUGAGAACUUUGUUUUGAAGCACACUGGCCCAGGUGUGCUCUCUAUGGCUAAUGCUGGCCCUAACACUAAUGGCUCUCAGUUCUUUAUUACUACUGUGAAGACAUCGUGGCUGGAUGGAAGACAUGUGGUCUUUGGAAAUGUAGUGGAGGGCAUGGAUGUUGUGAAACAAGUUGAAGCCCUGGGUUCCCAAUCUGGCAAACCCUCCAAGAAAGUUGUAAUUGCUGAUUGUGGUCAGCUUUCCUAA